CAGCGUCGAGUCUUACUCUUGUGCUCGGGGGACCUAGCCGAACGGUGGGUAGGCCUAAAGGAAGAGGGCGAGGCCGCCGGCGAGGCCGGCGAGGGCCAGCGCCACCGCCGCCGCGGGCGUCGACGCGCCGUCGCUCGACGACGGCUUGGCGCACGUUGGGGCGGCCUCCUCGUGGUCGCCCGAGAGGCGGCGGCCGUGGUCGUGGCCCGCGUGGUCGACGUCACCGACGCACUCCAGCUCGAUGUCGGCGCCGGCCGCGACGUCCCCGCACGCUGCCCCCGCGCCGCACUUGAGGAAGUGAGCCGACGAGUCCUCCCAUUCGUCGAUGCCGUGCCCGGCGAAGAUGGCGAAGUAGACGUCGUCGCCCGAGAGGCGGCGGCGGUGGGAGUGCGCCCCAACGUGGAGCUCGUACGUCGUUGUGGCGCCGGUGCCCAUCGUGAGCGUCACGACCGUCUGUUCCCCGACAUCGAUUUCGUCCCCGUCAGCGAUGGUGCCGUCUCUUGCCUCGUACGUCUUCAUGUAGGACUCGGCGCCGUCGGCGAUGGUGUCCAGCGCUGCCACGUCGAGCGCCGCGCCUUCGUUGAUCUCCGCGAUGUAGAGGUUCAUGGUCUCGGUCAGCGUCUUUAUCGUCAUUGUGUACUCCGACGAGUGCGCCAGCUUCACCACCCCGUACCAUUCGUACUCCGCCGCGGCCGGCGCCGCGAUCGCGAGGAAAAGGAGGCUGCGGAGCGACAUAAUGCCUGCGGGACGGCGGCGUUGGCGCGCGUCGCGGACGUUCUGGCAGGUGGGAGGCAGCCUCGGUUGCGCGUCGCUGUUGCAACAGGAGCGAAAGCGCUCCGCGGGGCAGCCACGACGCGGCGACGCUCGCAUGCUAUAAUGCCUCCACGGCGCCGGCCGUUACCUUAUUCGCGUACUUCCCGUGCAAGUGGCUAAUUAACACAGCGAGUUUCUGUUGUGGCGUCAAGUAGGGGGUGGGCUGAGGGCUGCCCGCCCGCCGCCCGCAGGGCGUCG